UGGGCCGGCGCCGGGGCCCUCGUUAACCUCAAGUACUCGGUGGAGGAGGAGCAGCGGGCAGGCACGGUGAUCGCCAACGUCGCCAAGGACGCCCGGGACGCCGGGUUCGUGCUGGACCCCCAGGAGCCCACCGCUUUCCGGGUGGUCUCCAACUCGGCCCCCCACCUGGUGGACAUCAGCCCAGGGUCCGGGCUGCUGGUGACCAAGCAGAAGAUCGACCGGGACCUACUGUGCCGGCAGAGCCCCAAGUGCAUCAUCUCGCUGGAGGUGAUGUCCAGCUCCAUGGAGAUCUGUGUGAUCAAGCUGGAGAUCAAGGACCUCAACGACAACGCACCCAGCUUCCCCACUGACCAGAUCGAGCUGGAAAUCUCGGAGACAGCCAGCCCUGGCACCCGGGUGCCACUGGAGAGUGCCUAUGACCCAGACUCGGGCAGCUUUGGUGUGCAGACCUAUGAGAUCACCCCCAACGACCUCUUUGGGCUGGAGACCAAGACGCGAGGCGAUGGGUCCCGUUUUGCUGAGCUGGUGGUGGAGAAGAGCCUGGACCGUGAGACCCAGUCCCACUACAGCUACGUGAUCACGGCUCUGGACGGUGGUGACCCGCCCAACUUUGGCACAGUGGAGCUCAGCAUCCGCGUCAUUGACUCCAAUGACAACAACCCACUGUUCGAGGAGCCGGCCUACACCGUCAGUGUGCCUGAAAACGCCCCACUGGGUACGCCAGUCAUUCGCCUCAAUGCCUCUGACCCAGACGAGGGCACCAAUGGCCAGGUCCUCUACUCCUUCCACAGCUACGUCUCUGAGCGGGCCCGGGAGCUCUUCCAGAUUGACCCCCAGACUGGCCUCAUCACGGUGAGCGGUGCCAUUGACUAUGAGGAGGGUCACGUCUAUGAGCUGGAUGUGCAGGCCAAGGACUUGGGGCCUAACUCCAUCCCUGCCCAUUGCAAAGUGACCAUCAGUGUCCAGGAUGCCAAUGACAAUCCACCCCUCAUCAACCUGCUCUCCGUCAACAGCGAGCUGGUGGAGGUGAGCGAGAACGCCCCGCCGGGGUACGUCAUCGCCCUGGUGCGGGUCUCAGACCGCGACUCCGGGGCCAACGGGCGGGUGCAGUGCAAGCUCCUGGGCAACGUGCCUUUCCGGCUCCAGGAGUACGAGAGCUUCUCCACCAUCUUGGUGGACGGGCGGCUGGACCGGGAGCAGAGGGACCAGUACAACCUCACCAUCCAAGCCAAGGACAACGGUGUCCCCUCACUGCAGGCCACCAAGUCUUUCACCGUCAAGAUCACCGAUGAGAAUGACAACCAUCCCCACUUCUCCAAGCCCUAUUACCAGGUCAUUGUGCAGGAGAACAACACCCCGGGGGCCUACCUCCUCUCAGUCUCUGCCAGGGACCCUGACCUGGGCCUCAAUGGCAGUGUCUCCUACCAGAUCGUUCCCUCCCAAGUCAGGGACAUGCCUGUCUUCACCUAUGUCUCCAUCAACCCUAACUCUGGAGAUAUCUAUGCUUUGAGGUCCUUCAAUCAUGAACAGACGAAGGCCUUUGAGUUCAAGGUCUUGGCAAAAGAUGGGGGUAAUCCCUCUCUGCAGAGCAACGCCACCAUCAGGGUGAUUGUCCUGGAUGUCAAUGACAACACUCCUGUGAUCACGGCCCCGCCGUUGGUCAACGGGACUGCGGAGGUGUACAUCCCCAGGAACGCGGGGGUCGGCUACUUGGUGACCGUGGUCAAGGCAGACGACUAUGAUGAGGGUGAAAAUGGCAGACUUUCCUAUGAAAUGGUGGAAGGAGACAGAGGAUUUUUUGAGAUAGACCAGGUCAAUGGAGAGAUAAGGACCACCAGAGCCUUUGGGGAAAAUGCAAAGACAGCCUACGAGCUGAUCGUGGUGGCUCAUGACCAUGGCAAAACAUCUCUCUCGGCUUCCGCCUUGAUUUUGAUAUACCUGUCUCCUGCCCUGGAUGCCCAGGAGUCCAUAGGAUCUGUUAACCUCUCCCUGAUUUUCAUUAUUGCCCUGGGGUCUAUCGCAGCCAUUCUUUUUGUCACCAUGAUCUUUGUGGCAGUCAAGUGCAAAAGGGAUAACAAGGAAAUCAGGACCUACAACUGCAGAAUCGCAGAAUACUCCUACGGGCAUCAAAAGAAAUCAAGCAAGAAGAAGAAAAUCAGCAAAAACGAUAUCCGCCUGGUACCGCGGGAUGUGGAAGAGACGGAUAAAAUGAACGUUGUGAGCUGCUCCUCUCUCACUUCAUCCCUCAACUACUUUGACUACCACCAGCAGACCCUGCCGCUGGGCUGCCGCCGCUCCGAAAGCACCUUCCUCAAUGUGGAGAGCCAGAACAACAGGAACGCCGGCUCCAACCACAUUUACCAUCACACCUUCACUGGGCAGAGCCCCCAGCAGCCCGACCUCAUCAUCAAUGGGAUGCCGCUGCCGGAG